GUAUCCGCUGCUAUUUUUGAGUAAUUUCAGAAAUGUCUGAAGAGUCUGAUUCAACAUCAGCAAACAACGUCGAGAACACUGAGAAGGAUGCGGACGAAAUCGUAACCGAUAAUGCUGCUCAAUUAGAAGAACAAAUUCAAAAUUCUGUAAACGCAGUUAUUGACGCUGUAGCCGAUAAUGGGACUGGGGACGAAGGAGCUGACGAAGACACAGAAAAUACUUUGGCAGAGGAAACAGACGCAGUAAAAGAAAAUCUGCCUGCGUCAGAAGAAGAGGAAAAACAGCCAGAAGAAGUCGAAAAACAGCCAGAAGAAGUCGAAAAACAGCCAGAUGAAGACAAAAAACAGCCAGAAGAAGUCGAAAAUACUGAUAAUAACGAUGAACUAAAUUUUGAAGCGGAAAGAGAAAGUAGAAAGAGCGAUGAAUCUAAUCUGAAACCAGAACAAUUUGUUGAUCCCGACGUAUCAGUACAUACAGAACCGAAAAGCUUACAGGAUACACCGGAGAGCUCCGCAGAUGUUAACAAAACAGAAGUACCUCCUGUUACAGAGGUUUCUGCACAAGUUGUUCAUUCUGAGCCGACACUUGUUGAAGCAAACGAGGAAGAGCUUCUUCAUAAAAUUCCCGAAGAUUUUUAUUACGAUCACCAUGAAUUGGUGACGAAACCCAGAGUAUCCGAAAAUUCAGAAAUACCCGAAUCCCUUCUAACUUUACACCACGCGUUUGGAUAUGAUUGUACAAAGAGAGCCAAUCUUCAUAUUCUAGACGAGGACCAUCUCCUCUUCUCUGCCGGCUCCCUCACAGUAGUUUUGAGCAUCAAGUUGCGCAAACAUACUUAUCUGAAAGUGAUCGGCGGAGGAUCGGUCGGCGCCUUAACUGUACAUCCACAGCGGAAGUCCUUCGUGGUCGCAGAAAAAGGAAACAAACCCAAUAUUUGCGUCUAUGAGUACCCAAGCCUGAAACUCUAUCGAAUUUUACGAGAGGGAACCGAGGAAACUUACUCCUUUGUCACCUUCGAUCCUAGCGGAGAGCUGCUGGCUUCGCUGGGCGGCAAGCCGGAUUACAUGCUUACUAUCUGGAACUGGAGACAUGAGCACAUUACUCUGAGGUGCAAGGCCUUCUCCCAGGAGAUAUUCAGAGUCUCUUUUUCAAAUGACCUCGAAGGCAUUCUCACAACUGCAGGUCAAGGUCACAUAAGAUUUUGGAAGAUGGCACGUACGUUCACUGGUCUAAAGCUGCAGGGAGAGAUCGGCCGGUUCGGCAAAACAGAGUUGUCAGAUAUCGAAGGCUAUGUGGAACUACCCGAUGGCAAAGUGCUCUCCGGAUGCGAGUCAGGUAACAUGUUGCUAUGGGAUGGUGGCCUUAUCAAAGUCCAAAUCGGGCGCAAAGGCAAGAAGCCCUGUCAUUUGGGUCCAAUACAGCAGUUCAUUAUGGACGAGGGGGAGCUGCUGACUGUGGGAAUUGAUGGCUAUAUACGCGUUUGGGACUUCGAGUCCAUAGAUCAAGCGGAAGCUACGGAUGAAGGGGCUCUGUUUGAAAUGGACUCAAUGAAUGAACUGCUAGUCAAAGAUGAAAACAACAAUAAGGCCAUGUUGAAGUGGAUGAUCAAGGCGCUAGAUGGAGACAGUCUCUGGUAUGCACAGGAUGCAGAUGGGGGAAUCUGGAAACUCGAUCUCAGUUUCUCGCAUACGACGAAGCCACCCGAGAAGAUGUUUUCGUUCCAUGCCGGACCCAUCAAUGGCAUGAGUUUCUCGCCCCUCACUGAUUUGACAGUUACCACUGGAGCUGACAAGACUGUGAGAGUGUAUGAUUACGUCACCAAACACCAGCUAUGUGUGCAAAAGUUCAGUGCAGCUGGCACAUGUACCCAGUGGAUGCCAACCAGUGUCGACCCAAAGGGCUCCACCAUCGUAUGUGGCUUCGGAGACGGAGUGCUGCGGGUGAUGCGCGUCACUAAACGGGAGCUGGACAUACACCGGAAGUCCCGCAUGGGCUCUGCCAGUUUCACCCUCACCCAAGUGCUCAAACCACACAAUGCUGACGUCACUGCCAUUCAGUUCAACCAGGACUACACUUACCUUGUCACAGGGAGUUCAGACAAGACCAUUUUCUUCUUCUCUGUCGACCAAGACUUCAAACUAAACCCUAUUGGAUACACUUCAAUCCCUUGUGCAGUGCAACAACUGCAGCUUGCGACCCACUUAGCCGAAAACAAACUGCUGGUCAUUGGAGAUAACGGAAGAGCGAUGGACAUGGCGCUUCCCGAGCCUGGGUCUGUGGACUCGUCUAAAACGUUCCAGAUAUCUGGACUAGCGUCGAGGGAGUUCCGCUUCAAGAGUAUAAAGGACCGCUUGAGGAGAGAGGAGCGGCGUUUAAUUCGAGAGAGGGAGCGAGACCUGAGACGGGAAAAAAGACGCAAAGACAGGCAGAAGAAGAUAGAUAGAGGCCUCAUAGACCCAGAGAAGGAGCCAGAGGAGCCGGACUCGGAGGAGGAGCCGGAUCCGGACGAGGGGGUCCCGCUCUACAUCCCCGAGACAUACCACAUCAACACUGGCUUCUACUCCAGAGACGGCAACAAGUUCUGGCUAUCUCUGAGUGGUUUCGACGCUGGCUUCCUCUAUGAGUGUCAGUUUGCGGAGUCGGAGGCAGUGCGUCUGUCUGAGAGCUACGGGGAGCCCCUGAGGUGGAUAGAAAUCCCCGAGAUGCAGGAGAAAGCUGUCAGCUGUCUAUCUCAAUGUGUCACUAAAAACACGGAGAUGAUUCUUCUCGGUCUCGAGGACGGCAAAAUCCGAAUACAGAUCCCGAAUGACGUCUCGGAUCCGAACGAACCUAUAGCAUUCAAUGAUUUGGCCAAAUUUUGGGUCCUCCCUAUGCACGACACAGAGUCGGGAUCGCUUUCAGUCGUGAAAACUUCAGCAAAUGGAAAGUUUCUGGUGUCCGCCGGACGAGAUGGAAACUUGUACGUUUUCACGUUUCUGCCUCCAGAUGAGCUGGAAGAGGCGAUGGCGCCUGCUAUGCUUCCAUCACCAAGAGCGAUUCUAGACGACACGGCUGGGAAGCUAGAAGACAUCAAGGAUCCAAAAGCGUAUAGCAUCGAGGACGCAAAGCAAAAAGCUGAACAAGAUCGACUGUUGAAAUUAGCCGAAGAAAAGAAAACGGGACUGAAGAAGAAAAUCCAGGAGAUGAGACGGCAGUUCAAGAAACUCCUCCUGAAGAAUGGCGAAAUUGCACCUCAUUUACAGCUGCACCGAAAUGAGUUUGAGCUGGACCCUCAGAGUAAGAUCAUGCUGUCGAAUGAAACACUCGGGCGAACAGACAUGGCGGUGACGGAGUAUGCGUGGGACAGCGAGAAACAGUCCCUGGCUCUGGCCAAACUAGAAAAACAGUUCAAGUCAAAACUCGACUUUGAUUCGCUGAUUGUUCAAUGCAUCGGCAGCGAGCAGGAGGUGUCUUCGUUCCGUACCGAGAAGUUACCGCCUGGGUUCAAGAGCCAGAAACUGGAGCUAAUAGGCAAGGCGUCUAAGGGUGCGGGUCUUCUGGGCGCGGCUAGACAGUUGAUCAGCCAGCAGAGAGCCGAAAACGAAGCAGCCCAAUCGCAGGGUGGUGGCCACGAUGAAGAUGGCUCUGCUGGUGUAGGGGGUGGAAGUGUGAACAGACCAGGGGGUACUGAUCAGGACAAGAGUGGGGGCAGGGUGGACGAGAAGGCAGCCAAGGCACUUGGCAAGAUGGAGAAACAAAGACAGAGGAGGCUAGCUAGACAGAAACAGUGGGAAGAUCUGAAUAAAGAGAAACCUUCUGAUGAUUUUGAAGAUCCAAGAGACGUCGCUGAGAUCAAGUAUGCAUUGGAGCAUAUUGGGGACUUCAAACUGAAAACGGCGGCAAACUACGUGGUACCAGAGCACCUACGUAUGAAUACAGCCAGGAAACUAGUCCAGCUGAUGCUCCUCCAGGAAAAGAUGUACAACAAAAAGCGAGCGUUUAAUGAGCGCAUGUUGUCUCUGAAGUUCAAGAAGUCGGAUGUGCUGGAUGAGAUUGAUCGGCUAAAUGAGCAACUGCAGUCAAUUCACACUGAAUUAAAAGACAUCGAGAGUACCAAAAGGGCACCCGAGAGGCCGACGUUGGCUGAUGCCGAAAAACCAGAAGAACUGUACCACUACACUCGGGAAAAGCUGAUCAAAUUCCAGCUGGAGAAGGCGGCUAAGGAUCAGUCGAUGGCCAUGGCAGUAGCCAGCGCAUUCACAGCACAGACCACUGAGACUGACCAGCUGGCUGUAUCGGGCGAUAAAAAGAGCGCGAGGCCUGGGUUCAGUGGAUUUAGCCCAAAUCCAAGCGUGAAUUUAGCGUCGGGUUCUAUCCGAUCCCCGUCCCCCGCCACUUCAAUGAUGGAGAGCAAUCUGACUAAACCCUCUUCGGCUAAUACGAAUCAAAUGGGGGACGGGACUGGGUACAAGAGGCCAACUGUCGCACCCGAUACCUCUUCAGUGCCACGGCUACUACUUGGAGACGAGCUGCUGGAAGGAGAAAACGAAGAGGAGCAGUCGCAGGGGUCUAUGGAGAGAGAGGAGAGUUUCACUUCAAUUCGACAGACCAGGAUUGGGUUCCGUAAAAAGGCAUCACUGCUGAACGAGCAGGACAGAAUUCUGUCUCGCAUUGAAAAACUGACGCGCCAUUUUGACGAUCAAGUGAUGUCACUGAGGGCGGAGAAGUUCAAUCUUCAGGUGGAUCUGAAGAGAGCUGACCUGAGGAACACCACUCUGUUCGAAGAGUUCGUUCAGCUGAAGGAGUUUGAGAAGCGUGAAAACAAUCUGGCCGCUAAAGUGGACGCCAAAUACGACGAGAAAGUGGACAUCGAACAGAAGGUCCUCGAUAGCAAGACUAAAGUGGAGACUAAACGACUGGAAAUUGAACGAUUGGAGGAGCGACAGAAGAAUCUUUUAGAAGAAUUCAAAGCAGGGCUGGGCGAGAACAACAAGUGGGAAGAGUUCCUUACAAAAGUGUUCAAGAAAAAAAUCAAGCGAGCCAAGAAGAAGGAGCAAACAGGUGACGACGACGAGGAAGAAGAGGAUGACGAGAGUGACUCAGACGAGAGCGAUUCGGAGGACGACGACUUCGAUGACGAAGAUGACGAGGGCCGAGUGGUGUUGGACGACAGCAUCUGUCCUCCAGGUUGCGAACAAGAAUUGUACGACAUGGCGUGCAAUCUCAGGGAGACUAGACUUGACCUUGAGGAACAGCUGGCUGAGGAGAAGAAGACUUUUGACAUGAUGAAGAAGGAUGCAGAUUCGAUGACCAAGAAGGUCAAGCAAGUCGACAAUGCCCUCUCGGCCGCCGAGAAAGAUCUCGAGGAUUUUCAGGUUGAGAAGCAGGGUAAGUUGAACCAGCUGCAGAUGAUUGUGGUAUUGAAGUUACACCAAAUUGAGUUCCUGGUCCAGGGAGGAGUGUUGCCUAAUGACCUCUCGGAGGCACUGGUAUUCGAGAGGAACGGAUUGCUGCGUCUACAGACCAGGAUCCACGAACUACACGACGAGAAACAGCAACAGAACCGCAAACAGAAAGAGAACAAAUUGCAGAACGUUCAAUUGAAAAAGGGCCGGAAAAUGCUGAGUUCCAAAAUACAAGAACUCGCUUCCGAGUGUGACCAGAUGAUGCUGCUUAAGUUUGGCCGAACUGUGGAUCUACAGCGCCUUGAGAUGGUAACUGUGAACCGACUGUUGGAAGAAUUGAAGGAAAAGUACCGGCAAACUGAACUGUUUUGUGACCGGGAAAUCCAGCAGUGGGAUGGUACUAUCCAGCAGCAGAAGGAGAACAUCACCAUGUUGACCAGAGAUAACACCAGAAGAAUCAACCAGAUGACUAUGUUGCUGGAGGAGCAGAAGGUCAUAGAGGACACUCUGAAUGCUAAACAGAAGAAACUGGGCGGAGAGUAUGAAGGGAAGAGAAAAGCCGAUGUGCGGGAGAGAGAAAGGCUGAUCCAACUAGUUCAGCUGCAGAGCCAGGAGAUAGAGGCACUGAAGGAGGAGAUCACCCUCUUGUCCCGAAAGGGGGGACACAUUCUACCACCCGCACAACCUCCCAUGCCCGUCAACCAAACCUAACUUUCUCAAACCCCCUGUCCAUUCACCUUUCGGCCGCCCAUCAUGAAUGCUGCGCGUUUGUCGUGGCAAGGAGAAAACAUCGAUGAUGGAAAGACUUGUUUGAAAUAAAAGAUGUAAUCAUUUCAAAUUUAAACUUCUGCUUGUAUAUUGUAUUUGUAAAUAUGUGCUAAAAUAAUGAAAAUGAUGCGUAAAAUAAAUAAUCACGCACAUGUGUAUAUAU